AUGAAACUUCUCGCCAUCCUUCUCGUCGUCAUCUUGGGCUUCGCCGCUCUCGCCGAGGCUGAGGUGAAUUACUCUUCCCAUUGCAAAAAAGUUUGUCUUUCAGACGAAGGAAGCUCAUCACAAGAUCGAAAGGAAAAUCGGAGGAAAGCUUUCCGACAAACUCUUCUCGAUCAAGCACAACCCGGUUUGAUUAUCCAACUUUUCGUCUGCAAGGUGUUCCUUUUCAGAAGCUCAGCCAGAAGCAGAAGAAGGGUGCCCUUAAGAAGUUCUUGAGCAAGAACCUCAAGCCAGAGGAGAUCCGUUCUGUCGGAAAAAUUUUGGCGGAAGACAAGCACAAACAUCCAAAGAAACACUAG